GAGAGAAAGUGUGUUCAAGAGAACGAAAUGAUCAGGAAAAGAAACCCUGUUCUUAAGAGAGCAUGGGGCGUUAUUUCUCUCUUAAUCAUUACCAUGAGGAGAAAGAGAAAGCCUAACAAUCAGAAGCAACUCUUCAAGAAUCGGCGAUUUAAACUCCACCACUACAACUACACCUUUGUAGGCGAAUACGAGUUCUCCCCCUCAAGCACUCCCCCCUUCCACCAUCUUCAUCCUCUCCUUAAGAAGAGGAAAGGUAUCUUAUCCUUUCUCCUGUGUGGAAGUAAAUCAGCUAAUGCUGAUGGAAUUGGCAAAGAAGAGGAAGACAUGCUUGAAGCAACUGCAGGUGAUGACAGACCAGAAAGAGAAGAGCAGUUAGAUGAAGCAGCGCUGUCUGAUGAAGAAGAUGAAUCGGUGGAUGGAAGAGCAGAGAGGUUCAUAGAGAAGUUUUAUGAAGAGAUGAGAAUUCAGAGACAGGAAUCAAUCAUGCAUUACAGAGACAUGCUAAUUAAGAAUUGUAUUUAGAUAAAGAGUUUUCUUCUAUAUGUUUGUCAGUUAUCUACAGAGGAGUUUUUUAGACUGUUAGCCUCUGAAAUGAUUUAUCUGUUACUA